ACAGAAGGAAAUGUCUGGGUGAGGAGGGGUAGUGGGUGAGGGGCCCAGGUUCCUGACACAGUAUACGCAGGGAACUAAAGAGCAAGAGCGCCAUGUUGAAGCGACCACUGCCACUCAGAUUCCUCUUGUUCCUGCAGCUGCCUCUGCUGGGUGUGGGGCACACCACAGAGUUCCUCACACCGACUAAUGGGAAUGAAAGCAUCACAGCUGGUGGGAAACCUGAUUUCUCCCUGACCUCCACACUCCCCGGAAUCUUCGAUUUGUCCACCCUUCCCCUUCCAGAGGUUCAGUGUUUUGUAUUCAAUGUCGAGUAUAUGAAUUGCACUUGGAACAGCAGCUCUGAGCCCCAGCCCACCAACCUGACACUGCGCUACUGGUACAAGAACUUUAAAGACAAAGCCCAAGAGUGUGGCCACUAUCUAUUCUCUUCAGAGAUCACUUCUGGCUGUUGGUUACAAAAAAAGGAGAUCCAUCUCUACGAAACAUUUGUUGUCCAGCUCCAGGACCCACGGAAACCUAGGAGGCAGACCAUACAGACGCUAAAACUGCAGGAUCUGGUGAUUCCCUGGGCUCCGGAGAACCUAACUGUUCAAAAGCUGAGUGAAUCGCAGCUGCAGCUGAACUGGAGCAACAGAUACUUGGACCACUGUUUGGAGCACAUGGUGCAGUACCGGAGUGACCGGGACCACAGCUGGACUGAACAAUCUGUGGACCACAGACAAAGCUUCUUUCUGCCUAGUGUGGACGCGCAGAAACUCUACACGUUUCGUGUUCGGAGCCGCUAUAACCCACUCUGUGGAAGCGCUCAGCGUUGGAGUGAAUGGAGCCAAUCGAUCCAGUGGGGUGGCCAUACUUCAAAAGAGCCCCCGCCGUGGUUUCAAGUGGAAGCCGUAAUAAUCCCCCUCGGCUCCAUGGGACUGAUUAUUAUUAGCCUCAUCGGUAUUAUCCUCAUCUGCGUGUACUGCUGGCUGGAAAGGGUGAUGCCCCGAAUUCCCCACCUCAAAAGCCUAGAGGAUCUGGUUACGGAAUACCACGGCAACUUUUUGGCCUGGAGUGGUGUGUCUAAGGGGCUGGCGGAGAGCCUGCAGCCAGACUACAGCGAACGGCUCUGCCACGUCAGUGAGAUUCCCCCCAAAGGAGGGGCUCCCGGGGAGGGCCCUGGGGGCUCCCCCUGCAGCCAGCAUAGCCCCUACUGGGCUCCCCCAUGUUAAACCUUGAGACCUGAAACCUGAGCCCUGAUACCGUGGCAGAACUCCAGGGUCGUGGAGCCCUGCAUUGUACUAACUUCUCCUUAUUCAACCAGCCUGGACCCAAUUCUCCUCUAGCCCCACCGUGGCUGACUUUGAAUUUUGUACCCCCUAUAACUGCCCCCUCAUUCAAUAUUCUCCUCCGUAAGAAUUGCCCCUUCGGCCUGUACGUGUUUCUCAUCUCCCUCAAUCCACCAGCCUUUCCUCUUCCCGGAAUCCUCCCUCCCUCCCUUCCUCCCUUCCCACUUCCUUCAUCUUUCCAUUUACCCUUUAGUUGUUCCCAAAUCAAUGAGAAAUAAAGUUUCUGUUGACAAUAA